UUUAGGGGUGCAAGAAAGGAAGCUUGCUGCUUUGAUGACAAGGCUCUUUCAUUCGCCCUCUCCUGCCCUAAGGUGGGCCCCAGGACACCCUAGUCCAAAAUUUCACUUCCUGGCCUGGUAUUUUCUGCGUGCCUGCUGCUGACACUUAGGCGGGUUCCAGGAGGCUGGGGGCACGCCUCCAAGGGCGCCGUGGUUGGGGGAUGAGGGGAGGAGGGGGGUGAGGGGCGCUGAGGAGAUGGCUUUGGGCUCUUGAGCAGCGGGGUCUCCUCCUGCCUCGUAGACGUGCUUCGUGCUGCCCGGGAAGCAUGCUCACUGGAGGCUGCUAAGCCGGAAGGCUGGAGCCCAGGGGUGGCCAGCGAGAAAUCAGAUUAAGAAAUGGCAUUUCAAAAGGCCUUCAAAGGGACUGCUCUGGUUGGAGGAGGUGCACUUGCCACUGUGCUAGGCCUCUCUCAGUUUGCUCAUUACAGAAGGAAGCAAAUCCACUUAGCCUCUGUUGAAGCAGCAGAUUGUUUUUCGGAUAUUCAGCUUAGGGAACUUCCUUCAAGAGAAGCUCAGCUUUCAAGUCUCCAGAGUACUACUGAGUUUGACAUUCUUGUUAUCGGUGGAGGAGCAACAGGAGCUGGCUGUGCAUUGGAUGCUGUUACCAGGGGACUAAGAACAGCCCUUGUAGAAAGAGAUGAUUUCUCAUCAGGGACCAGCAGCCGAAGCACUAAGCUGAUCCACGGUGGGGUGAGAUACCUUCAGAAGGCCAUCUUCAACCUGGAUUAUGAGCAGUACAGGAUGGUGAAAGAAGCACUUCAUGAGCGUGCCAACCUGCUCGAGAUUGCUCCCCAUUUAUCUCAUCCACUACCUAUAAUGCUUCCGAUUUACAAGUGGUGGCAGUUGCCUUACUACUGGGUGGGAAUAAAGCUCUAUGACCUGGUUGCAGGAGCUCAAUGCCUGAAAAGCAGUUAUGUCCUUAGUAAAUCAAGAGCUCUUGAACACUUUCCAAUGCUGCAGAAGGACAAGCUUGUAGGAGCUAUUGUCUAUUACGAUGGACAACACAAUGAUGCAAGGAUGAACCUUGCCAUCGCACUCACUGCUGCCAGGUAUGGGGCUGCCACAGCCAAUUAUGUUGAAGUGAGGAGUUUGUUGAAGAAGAAGGAUCCACAGACUGGGAAGCUGCGUGUAAGUGGUGCACGAUGCAAGGAUAUGCUAACAGGGCACGAAUUUGAUGUGAGAGCCAAAUGUGUUAUCAAUGCUACGGGACCUUUCACAGACACACUGCGCAAAAUGGAUAAUCAGACCACCUCAAACAUCUGUCAGCCAAGUGCUGGGGUACACAUCGUGAUGCCUGGUUAUUACAGCCCAGAGAGUAUGGGACUACUUGACCCUGCCACCAGUGAUGGACGAGUUAUUUUCUUCUUGCCCUGGCAAAAGAUGACCAUAGCUGGGACAACUGACAGCCCAACUGAUAUCACUUCACAUCCUAUUCCUUCGGAGGAAGAUAUUAACUUCAUCUUGAAUGAAGUACGCAACUACCUAAGUUGUGAUGUUGAAGUGAGAAGAGGAGAUGUCCUAGCAGCUUGGAGUGGAAUUCGGCCCCUUGUUACAGAUCCUAAGUCUAAAGAUACCCAGUCAAUCUCUCGAAAUCAUAUUGUUGAUACCAGUGAAAGUGGCCUUAUUACUAUAGCAGGUGGAAAAUGGACAACUUACCGUUCUAUGGCUGAAGAUACCAUAGAUACUGCUGUCAAAAAUCACAAUUUUAGAGUAGGGCCAAGUAGGACAGUUGGCCUUUACCUGCAGGGUGGUAAGGAUUGGAGCCCCACUCUGUACAUUAGACUGGUUCAGGAUUAUGGACUUGAAAGUGAGGUGGCUCAACAUCUUGCUUCCACUUAUGGUGACAAGGCCUUUGAGGUAGCCAAAAUAGCCAGUGUAACUGGAAAAAGAUGGCCCAUCGUUGGAGUGCGUCUUGUGUCUGAAUUCCCAUACAUUGAAGCAGAGGUGAAAUAUGGAAUCAAAGAAUAUGCAUGCACUGCAGUAGAUAUGAUUUCACGCCGCACUCGACUUGCCUUUCUGAAUGUCCAGGCUGCAGAGGAAGCUCUACCUAAGAUUGUUGAACUGAUGGGAAGGGAAUUGAAUUGGUGUGAUGAGAAGAAAAAGGAGGAACUUGAUUGUGCAACAAGAUUUCUGUACUAUGAAAUGGGCUACAAGUCUCGGUCAGAGCAGCUAACGGACACUUCUGAAAUUAGCCUACAGCCUUCUGAUAUUGAGAGGUACAAAAAAAGAUUUCACAUGUUUGAUAAAGAGCAAAAAGGCUUUAUUACCAUAAUUGAUGUUCAACGUGUGCUUGAGAGCAUCAAUAUUCAAAUGAAUCAAAAUACGCUACAUGAAAUUCUCAAUGAAGUAGAUUUGAAUAAAAAUGGAUUGGUUGAGCUCAAUGAAUUUUUGCAGCUGAUGAGCGCUGUUCAAAAAGGAAUGGUAUCUGGAAGCCGUCUGGCGAUACUCAUGAAGACUGCUGAAGAGAGCCUGGGUUCAAGAUCUCCCAUUCCAGUGGAUCGGAGUUGUGGAGGACUGUGAGUCUGAGCAGUUCAUAAAACCAACAAACAGAAACAACAACAACAAAGCACCAUGCUAGAAAGAACUAGAAACAACUCUUCUCCAAAUUAGUGGAUAUGGAUAGCUGCUUUUUUUUUUAACCACUGGGAAACAUUCCAAAACUCUAAGAUAUCUCUGCGUAUGCCCUUGAUUUGUAUUUGCCACUCAGCAUAGCUUAUAAAAAGGGUAUUUUACCUUUAUUUUCCAUGCAGAUUUUAAUACUAUACUUCUGGUCUGUUAGACUGGACAUCCUUUUCUCAGUUCUCAAAGCAGAAUGUUUUGGCAGAAAUUCAAGAAAGAACUUGGAAGAGAUUUGCUGACACAUACCUGUGUUCAUUAAACUUUUAGAUAGCCUUUACUGUUGAAAAAGAAGGGGCAUACAGAAUGACCCCUUAGAAAAUGUUAGUGUUUCUGAGGAUUUCUUACUUCCAUCUCUUGUCCCCCCACCUCGAGUUCACAAUAUUGUUCAAUUUUCUAUUUCAGGUGUGACUGCCAAAACUAAAAAAGUUUAGAUCUAGUUUCAGGAGUAAGUCACAAAGAGAAACUCUGAAAGCUUCCCAAAUCACAGGUAUAGAUAAGGAUAGCAUUGACAUUUACUGAGUAUUACAGUGAUAGUUUCAUCUCGGCAGUUCAUUUUUUUUUUUCAGUGGCUGCUGGUUUUCUUUGACUGCUGAGGUUGCCAGGAAGAUCCUUGAUUUCCUGGCUUUGAGACUAGCAUGGAAGUGGUGUAUUUGGAUGUAAUGAGGAUGAGCCCAAAUUUUCCUCCUCUUUAUAGAAGUACUCUAAUGGUAGAAAUGUAUUUCUAAAAAUACAUGUAUAAAAAGCACAAAUUUUGAGCCCCAGAGCUUACCUUUGAGGGAGCAUGUGAUGUUGACUAAUACUGGUUUAGACUGAGCCCUGUUGUAGUGGUUUUGGGCACUUAGCAAAGAAAUAGGUUGGGGCAGGGGAGAUGUAGAAAUAAAAUAUCAUUUGUUCUAAUUCCAAAUAUUAACUACAAGCACAGAGUUGCAUUGUUAUUUUUUUUUAAUCCCCAAAAAUAUUUUCCGUUUUGUCCUUUUACAGAAAAAAAACCCUGACAUUUUAAGUAAGGAUGGUUUAGGAAUAUUUUUGCUGCUACUUGGUUCUAGUUGCGCUCCCUUCAUCUGGUAGUUUGUCCCUUGGCCCUUCCCAGUGUGAAUUGAACCCACACAAGCUUUUGCAAAGAUCAGGUUCUGUAUAUAGAAGCAAAUAUCACACUUUGAUGAAAGCUUUUACUACCAUGAUUGGAAAUCUGAGUUCUAAAAACUGGUGCACAAAUUGACAAACCACAGUGCAGUGGUGUUUUCUGUUAGCAUAAAAUCACAUCUUAAUGCCUCCCUCUUCCAACUCUUUAGUAUUUAUGUCACCAUUAAAACUCUGAAUGGUAAAAUUUUAAAAAGCAGUAGUAUGUAACAAAAUACAAUUUUUUAAAAAAGACCAUUUAAAUUCCAUAAACAUUUAUUAAGUGCCUACUAUUUGCAUGGCACUACAGAAGGCUGCAGAGAUGAAAAACAACCUGCCCACAAGGAGCUUAGGUUCAUACAUUUGCCACAAAGGAGUAUGAAACUGAAACCAAGAUAGCGAUACUUCCAGAAGUCACUGUGACAUUCUUUUUGUUACAAGGUUCCAGGCAAUAUUUUUAAUAAAUGGUGGCUGAAAUGGGGCCAUUUAGCAUUUCUCUCAAAACAUAAUAAAUUUCUUUGUCUAAAGCUAAGCAAGACCCAACAGACGGAAAAGUUAUUUUUAAAAUAUAUUUUUAAUGUGUGUGUGUGUGUGUGUGUGUGUGUGUGUGUGUGUGUGUGUGUGUGCCUUUGAGAUGAAAUAUUGUAAUAUUCUAUGUUUGGUUUCCCUCUCUUUCUCUUCUUCUAGUUAAAUCAAGAUAAUGAUGACUUGUAUCUCCCUGAAUCUAAUACAGUAGGAAAUUGCCUUUUUUGCUUAGGAACCUGCAGAUUCCGUUGCCAGAUCUACAUUUGUUUAAUAGGCCUUGUGCAUGUUUAGCUGUGUGUGAGGUCUUGUAUCAGUUUUCUCCUAAAAUCUGCUGAUUCUGAACCUGCACUUCUUCACAAGUUCCAGAAACUUGUCUUGGGAAUCAGCUGGUGCCAACCUUUUUUUGUUUGUUUUUUUUUUAAACUGUGAAUAAAGCAUAUAAGCAUUUUGUGUCAUGUCUAAAUGAAGAUUUGAUGAUGAUAACUUUUUGGAAAAAUCAAAUCCUUCCUGAAAUCUAUUCUAGUUCAUCUCACAAAGUGACUUUGGAGACCCUUUUUAAAAAGGUUCAGCUGGGGGAAAAACACUAAAACCUGUCUGUUGUGAAAACUUUGUAGGUAUGGCUAAAAAUAGCUCCCCACUCUAGUUGUAGCAAUAGUGUUAGUAUAAGACUAGUUUAUAGGCUACAUGCUCCGUGGAUCAUUUCUUGCUUUCCAUCAGUGUAUCCUGAGUGGAACCUCAAUAUUUCUACUUUAUUCUGCUUUAAAUUCUGGCUUUGUUUGGCCUUUUUUCAUGGUAUGCAGAAUAUUAUCUGUUUCUUGGACUCUGGCAAAAAUUGCAUUCUUAUUUCUGAUAGGUUAAAAAAUGCAAGGGUCAAUGAUUGAAUUAAUUAUCCCACAUUUUAUGUAUUUAAGAAAAAGCUUUUGGCAUAUGAAUGUAAUAAUGGCGAAGCCAAUGCAGUUGUAUCUUUGUACCAUUUUGCAUUAUUUCAGUCCUUUGGGUGGUCCAGGGAGAACCGUUCUUACUAUGUGUGAAACCAAGAAACAAAAUACCAACAGCUUCAAGCUCUGUACUGGCCUGGAUAGACAUACUGCAUGUUUUUACAUGUGGCACUUUUAUGUAUUAUGUUAGGUUAUUGUUCUAGAUUGGACUGUUAAAUACUGUGUUUGAGGCUGGGUUGUCAUUUUUAUAACUGUCUUGGUGUUUUAUUGCCAUUAUUUAUUACUUUUGAUAAACAGAAUGAGCUGCAUGCAUUUAUAGAGCAAUAAGAGGAUGUAUUUAAUGUGCCUUGUUUUUAACUGAAUAAGAACUGAAAGCAUGAAUCAAUAAAACUGAUUAAAAUGGUCCACUCA